GCGAUCGUUCGACCCAAAAUGCCAUCCGCCGUCUCGCCACCACCUCACGCUCCCUUGAAGGGUACGAAGCUCUUCGAACCAGUCCAACUUGGACGCAUCCAACUUGGCCACAGGGUCGCGCAGGCUCCUUUGACUCGCAUGCGAGCUGUGAAAGAAGCAGACGGAAUUUUCGUGCCUGGUGAUCUUGCACUUGAGUACUACUCGCAACGAGCAAACCCAGGUGGCUUUCAGCUCACCGAGGCGACGGACAUUGAACACUACGCAGGAGGAUAUCCCGGCGUGCCAGGCAUCUUCACUGAAUCCCAAAUCAAAGGCUGGAGACGCAUCACCGACGCGGUGCACGCAAAGGGUGGUUUCAUAUUCAGCCAACUCUGGCACACGGGGCGAGCGUCACCACCAAGCUUCCGCAACGGUCAGCAAGCAAUCAGUUCCGGCGACAUUCCAAUCUCAGGAAACGCAUUGGAUGGAACCAAAUAUAGCGACAAUCCGCCUCGUCCAGCCACGGUGGAGGAGAUCAAGGCGCUCACCACUUCCUUUGCGCAAGCAGCAAAGAACGCCAUCGAAGCUGGCUUCGAUGGCGUCGAGAUCCAUGCUGCGAACGGAUACCUCCUGGAUCAGUUUCUGCACGACAACAUCAACAACCGGACCGAUGCCUAUGGAGGCUCGAUCGAGAACCGAUGUCGAUUCCCUUUGGAAGUCAUCCACGCCGUCUCCGAAGCCAUCGGAUCAGAUCGAGUCGGCAUCCGGCUCGCGCCCUUGAGCUACUUCCAAGACACCAGAGAUUCGGAUCCCAUUGCGCACUGGGCAUAUCUGUGCGAGAAAAUCAUCGCACGGCCAGAACAGUCACGCCUGGCGUACGUGCAUAGUGUCGAGCCUCGAUUCGACGAAGUGAUGGACGAGCAGGCCAAGCUGGAUGCCCUGUCGGCGUAUAACGCGAAGGGGCCGGAGAUGACUCGUAAGACUGCCAUCUCCCUUGACCCAUUCCGACACAUCCUCCAGAAGGGCGGCGUGAAAUUCCUCGCUGCGGGCAACUUCAAUCGCGAUAAUGCUUUGCCGAAGUUGGAGGCCGAUGCGGCGGACGUUAUCGUCUUUGGGAGGUGGUUCAUUGCCAACCCCGACCUCCCUCGGCGGCUCGCGCAUGGCUUGGAGCUCAAUGCGUACGACCGUGACACUUUCUACGGCGCAGACCCGCCGAGCAAAGGCUAUGUGGACUACCCCUUCUUCGGCGUUGCUGCAUAG